AUGAGCAUGGAAACCAAGACAGACCAUGAGCGAACGGACACGAUCGACCCACUUGCCCAACCCAACAUCAAGACAGAGCUCGGAAAUGGGCUCGAGAACAUCGAUCCUAAUGCCCCAGUGCGGGAUCCCAGAUCCUACAGCUCGGGAGUAAAGUGGUUCUUAACCUUCAUCGUUGCCGCUGGUGGUCUAGUCGUUCCGUUGAGUAGCGGCGUCUUGUUCCCCUGCUUGCUUGAAAUUGCCGCCGACCUAGAUACAACCGAAUCCGUUGUCAACCUGUCUAUUGCCUUCGGUUCGCUGGCCGUCGCCAUCACACCCCUGUGGUGGUCCUACUUCGCCGAACUCUACGGUCGUCGUCUCGUCUAUCUGUUAUCUUUCUUCUUCGUCGGUAUUUUCUGUAUCCUAGCAGCCAUCAGCCCCAAUAUCGGUAUGUUCAUCGCCAUGCGCCUUCUUGGCAGCGCCUCAAGCGCUUCCCUACAAUCCGUUAGCGCAGGCACAAUCUCCGACAUGUUUGAGACGCACGAGCGCGGAAAGGCCAUGGGCGCCUUCAUGCUAGGACCCAUGCUAGGCCCCAUGUUUGCCCCUAUCAUCGGCGGAGCGCUCACGAUGCGGUGGGGAUGGCGCAGCACACAAUGGUUCAUGGUAAUUUACGGCUGGACGGUGUUCAUGGUGAUGGUCUUCUUUUUACCAGAGACAGCGACAAAUCUGGCAGAGACUCAGCGCGAGCACCGCGCUAACGCUAGCAGCCCUGUCAAGAAAGCCGCCCACUUUCUCCUCAAGCCCAUAGAGGCUGCCAAGCUCCUCCAGUACCCGCCUAUCCUAAUUACGGUCUACUAUACAGCGAUUGUGUUUGCGACUUAUUACCUUAUUUGCGUCUCAAUCGAGGAUACCUUCGCUGUGGCCCCCUACUACUGGAGUCCCGUGACCGUCGGGGUCGCCUACAUUCCCGGAGGGCUGGGGUUGUUGUUCGGGGCAAUCAUCGGUGGUCGCUGGCAGGAUGCAAUCAUGGCACGCACGGCGCGCAAGGAGGGCCGAUAUGACGAUGCAGGAGAGCUGAUACUGCAUCCCGUAGACCGGUUGGGGGAUAAUUGCCUGAUGGCGGGCAUUCUCUUCCCUGGUGCGCUUUUGUGGUGGGGAUGGUCAGCCGAGAAGCAGAUCUUCUGGCUGGUGCCGCUGAUCGGAAAUUUCUUCUAUGGCUUCAGUGGAAUGAUUCUCACCAACGUGACCAUGACCAUGCUGACCGAGUUCACCCCUAAGAAAUCGACCGUUGGUGUGGCGGUGAACAACCUGUUGCGGAACAGCCUGUCGUGUGUCAGUGCUGUCAUCGCUCAACCGCUAUUUGAUGCCAUUGGGACUGGAUGGUCGUUCACGGCUGCCUGUCUCUUCUGUCUGCUAAGUGGCAUUCCGUUGAUCCUUCUGCGGAUGAAGCGGGAGGAAUGGAGCCGGAAGAUGAAGGCUACGCUAGGGAGUGAAUAG